AUCAGAUUGUGAAAUUCGAACAUGCUGAACACAGCAACUUGACAAAUUUCAACGGUUUUAUGAAAGAAAACAGUAAAACGGAGUGUUUACGAAACAUAAACGGUAAAGGACGUGUGCAUGGAUCCAAGGAUAGCUUGGUAUCCGCCUGAACAUUUGGGAUUGGCGCACGAUUUAUGGACAAGUAUCUGGGAGGCCGAGAUAGGCGUGGACAACAUGUCCCUCAACAAUUCAAAUCCAAAUUUGGACCAAAAAGCUCAAGAAUACAUUCCACUUAAUUAUGCUAAUAAUUUUGAUCAAAAAGUUGCCGUGAACAACAGACAAAAUAGCAUUCAAAACUCACAAAAUCAGUACAAGAGAAAACGGGAUAACAAGGCAAGCACUUAUGGUUUGAAUCAUUCAUCAAACAAACAUUUUCUCAGAGAAGAUGGUGGACUAACACCCUGGAAACCCCGUGGAAAAUUGUACAAGCUUCCAGGACAUAUUGGGCUUCAUGAUGAGAUCAAAGACUUCUAUGAAUAUAUGUCACCGACGCCGGAGGAGGCCAAUAUGAGAUCUGAUGUUGUUGAUAGGAUAAGAAACGUCAUCAGUGGUCUCUGGUCCAAAGCAGAAGUGGAAAUAUUUGGGAGUUUUCGUACUGGUCUCUAUCUCCCCACAAGUGACAUUGACCUGGUUGUGUUUGGUAAGUGGGAAAAGUUGCCGCUUCACACACUAGAGGAAGCUUUGCUAGACAAGGGGAUUACAGACAAGGAUAACAUCAAAGUACUCGAUAAAGCUUCAGUACCAAUUGUCAAGUUAACAGAUCUACAAACUGAUAUAAAAGUGGAUAUUAGUUUCAAUGUUCCAAACAGCGUCAAAAGUGCCAAACUUAUCAUGAAAUUCAUGGAAGAAUACCCAAUCUUGAAGUACCUUGUUCUUGUUUUGAAGCAGUUUUUACUUCAGCGAGAUCUUAAUGAAGUCUUUACUGGAGGAAUCUCAUCUUACAGUCUCAUCCUGCUGACUGUCAGCUUUCUACAGCUGAAUCCUCGAGAGGAUGCCACAAAUCCCAAGAUCAACUUAGGUAUCAUGCUCAUAGAGUUCUUCGAGUUAUAUGGGCGACAUUUCAACUACCUGAACACAGGUAUCCGUAUCAAAAAUGGAGGAGCAUAUGUGCCAAAGGAUGACAUCACACGGGAGAUGGACAACGGACAUAGGCCUUCCUUGCUGUGUAUAGAGGAUCCUCUAACACCCGGCAAUGAUAUAGGCCGAAGUUCUUACGGUGCCAUGCAGGUAAAGCAAGCUUUUGAGUAUGCCUACCUACAACUACAAUAUGCUCUUGCUCCACAGAACUACCACCUUCUCAAUGGACCUCAAAGUAUUUUAGGACGUAUUGUUCGAGUUACAGAAGAGGUUCAGGACUACAGGAGAUGGAUAAAAGAAAAUUUUCCAGUUAAAAUCCAAGAAGUGAGUAGAGUGGAAUCAAAGACAAGGACAUACGCUAGUGUUGCGACAUCCACGUCCAAUCCUAAAUCCAAGCUAGAUAAUGACAACAACAAUGGGCCAGUCCUUAUUGAAGAUCAGAAACAGAAGGCUGUGGAGAGUGAGAACUCUGAUUCUAGUGGUAACAGUUCAGUUUGCCGGUCCUCAUCUUCUAGUGUCUGCAGUGCAGGUUCAAGUCCCAGUCUGGAUAGUGAACCGGAUUCAGACGCAGAGACGGCCUCGUCAGAGAAGAAAGCUCUUGUCCCAAAUGUUGUUGAAAAACCCAGUGAAUCAAUUCGUGAGUUUCGCAACAGCCGAGACCAACAGAAGCAAGUUCAAAGCUUUAGCCCACAGAGUCGUGAUGGAAGUUCGAGUAGUGUAUCAUCGAACCGCUCGACAGCUUCUAUUUCGAACUAUCGUCCAAGCUCAGUUAAUAAUAAUUACAGCAAUAAUUAUCCGUAUCAUGAGCAUAAUCACAAUAGAAACAGUGAACAUGGUGGCUAUUACUAUGCUGGUUCUCGGCCGCAAAGUUCCACGCAUAGUAAUAAAUACUACUAUAAGCAACAUCAGAAUGGUAACCAGGGCAGCAAAAAUACACAUCAUCAUCCUUCUACACGUAGACGGAGAAGAAAUAGCUCUAAUGGCAGUAAAACAGUGAAAGAAUUUUCUAGCAAAGACAGAAAUCAACAUGGCAAUGGUAGUUACUCUUCAGCUAGCGCAUCAAGGUAACCCAUCUGGAAAGCCCAAAUCUUGGGCGCAUAAAAACUGCAGCUGGGCGUGUGUAAAUACUUCUCAACAGCAACAGAAAUCAUAUUUUAGUCUUUAGUGGAAAGCGUUUCUCCCUGUUUUUAUGAAUAUGGGGUAAUUAUUUAUGAAAUAUGGACAUCAGGUGUGUUUAUUCUUUCAUUGGAUCAUAAAGAAUACUAUUUUGAAAUCUGCAUUUAUAUACUAAUAAGAAUUGUGUAGUAUUAGUUGUUUAAGAAACAAAGGUUGAAACGUAAGAGAAAAGGAGACUGUGUAAUGAUAUAAGGUAUCUUCUGGUUAUAUUAUGGUUUUUCACAUUAAUUUUGGAGUUUUAAUAAUGUUUUUAUUGAUGUAAGUAAGCAUUCAGUUUUAUUUCUUUUAUUAGAAAGAUGGUAUGUAAAUGAAAAAAAAAAAAGAAGUGAACUUUGCAAUAGAAUAAUUUACUGUAAGGGUCUUUUGUUGUGAGGUUGAUUCAUUCAUUGAUAUCACUAGGCCUCAGAAAGAUACUUCUAUAUUUCAUUAAGACAUAAGGGAAAUAAGCUUGCGUCAUUAAUCCUUGUCAAUACUUUAACAGUAAUGUUUUAAUGACUUUUACGAAAAGUUUGCUGUAUUGAUUAUUCUUUUGUGAGAAGAGUAAUCAAUUUUGGUUGGUUAGUUUUAGGAUUUUAAUUCAGUUUUAACCAGUCGGAUAACUUCUAACAAAAGUGAAAGAUAAUAGAACAAAUGAACCGCGCCAUGAGAAAACCAACAUAGUGUCUUAGCGACCAGCAUGGAUCCAGACCAGCCUGCGCAUCCGCGCAGUCUGGUCAGGAUCCAUGCUGCUCGCUAACUGUUUCUCUAAUUGCAAUAGGCUUUGAAAGCGAACAGCAUGGAUCCUAACCAGACUGCGCGUAUGCGCAGGCUGGUCUGGAUCCAUGCUGGUCGCAAAGCCACUAUGUUGGUUUUCUCAUGGCACGGCUCAAAUCUACUUCCUGUAAACCUGAUAUGUAACUGGGCUUGCUGCAUGUCUCUGUUGCUUUAUUCAAGGUAAAUGUUCAUUUUAUCUAGUCUUACUUAACACUUACAUUCUAUAUUAUAUUCUGAAUACAUAUAUAUUAUGUGCAUUUAUAGUGUUUGAACAGGCUGUCUAUAUACUUGGUGCUAAAACAGGUUCUUUAAUGAAGUUGACGAUGAAUCAAAUACAGUGUUGAUUAGACUUGAAUUUUCAUAGUAGUCAAAGAAACCUAACUGCUUGUUACAGAAAAAAAUGGUCCUUUUUAUGCAUUAGUCUAAAACAAGCAAAAAUAAAAAGGGUACAUCGUUAGCAAAAUGUUUAAACUUUGAUACUUGAAAUUUUUCAUAUAGUAGAGCUGAUGUCAUCCUUUCAUCUGUGUGUCUGCGUCAGAACUUUUGCAUGUUAGAAGGUUUUUCUAAAUUUACUAGGCCUAAUGCUUUCAGUUAUCACACAAACAGCAUCUAGAGAUACUCUCACAAGACAAACUUGAUAUUAUAAACUCGAGACUUACUUUUUUCGUGAAAGUUAUGCCCCGCUUUAACUAAGAAUUUCAGGUUAAAGUUUUGCAUGUAGACUGGGCCAAAUGCUUGCAAACUUCACACAUGUCUUUGGCAUAAUAAGAUGACCUCCAAGGACAAGUUGCAUAUCUCUAGUUUGUAAUAUGUCAAAAUUAUGCCCCUUUUAAACUUGCAAUUUCAGGCUUAAGCUGUGCAUAUACAUUUAGGCUUUUCAAAAACUACUGGGCCAAAUAUGUCUUUCAAAUGAUAUAAGAAGGAUUCUUGGUGUAUUAACCCUGCAUUAUCUUGAAAAGAGUAUUAAGCAGUAUUUCAUGGUAAUGACAUAAUAUUUAAAGAAAGUAAAAUCACUGUCUUCUGGAGAAUGCACAACUCUGUAUGCAGUAUUAAAAAUUCAGCUGCAUUGUUUUACAGAAAAACUGGUCAUUUGUUGCUGCUUUUUAUGAUGCAGUAUUUUUUCUCAUUGUCUAUUUAAACUAUAAUUGUUGAUCGUGUUAGAAUUGUUUGGAAAAUUGAGAUUUAAAAGGAAAUACAGUAUGACUUGGUGAAUAGAAAUUGUGUUCUUCUGUUAUGAGUAAGAAUGGCUUUAAAAUGAUAAAAGUGACAUUCAGUGGAAAUUUUUCAUACAGCUGAACGAAAUUUUAGAGGAUUUUUUUUUUUAUAUUUCAGUCUGGCCUCACGUUUAAAAACCUGAGUUCUGAGACCAGUCUAAGAGUGCUUCCUUGUCAUUGGUCAUUUUCAAGGUUGUGCUUUGAAACAACCAGUGAGAUGCUGUCGGUUUUAGACUGAUCUCUAAUCUCAGGUUUUAUAACAUUUGGCAAUUUUGUGUCAUCCUAGAUAAGGGAGAUGCUUGAAAAUGAACUAGCAAGGUUACUGUUUUACUGGCAAUAAAGAUUUUGUUUGCUGUCGUUUUCAUACCCAGUAGUUUUAGGAUAUAUAUAUAUAUAUACACACUUAACACAUCUUCUAAUGUAACAGUUAGUUUUUUUGCAAAUAUUUGUUACAUGAAGUUCAUUUUUGAAAUUUGGCAUAUGUUUAAACAAUUAUAUAAUGAGUCAUAAAGAAAUUAUAUUAAAAUAUUUUUGAGCCCUCAUGAAAUUUACUUAUAAAUUUAAGACAAUCUCCAUUAUUAAAAGUCACAAAAACAAAUGUAUUGUAUAUUGUUUAACAAGUAAACUUCAUUAUAGCACAAAAACAAAUCCUUAAUGUACAAUAAGACUAUUGUUUUGUCCAAGGCAGAACCUUUUUCAUAUUUUUGAGAAAAGUAAGUGUCUACACCUUGGUGUGCAUUUAAUAAAGUUUUGCUUAUUUACAACAACUCACUUUCACGUUUAGGGUACUAUUGCCAAAAUCUUACAUACUCUUAAUCAAGAAAGUGUUGCAGGAAUAAAGCAAAAGUCAAUAAACCACAUAAUAAAUACUUGUUUGAAUACUCAAAUGUUCAUUUCAUUCAUCCAUUACAAAAAUGUCUAGGGGAGAGCUACCCCUCUUCCAAAACAUUUUGAACUUCAUGGGGUCAUACUGCAGAAGAAUGUAAAAUUAAGUACUUAAUUUCGAUGGUCACUUUCAAGAAAUACAGUAUAAAACUUAGAUUGUACAUAGCUCCAAUUUACCAUGAAAAUACGAGUGAACUACUUGAAGAAUUGCAGUUUAUAUAUCAAUUCUCAAUUUGUGACUUCCAACACGAGUAGAGGUAUUGAAAUUAAUAAAAUCUUGUGAUAGCAUAUUUUGAUUUUGCUGUAAUUUUGAAAUGUUAUUAAUAAUAGAAAUUUCUAAACGUGUUUAAAAUUUCAAAAAUGUUAAGUGAUUUAAAACAUAUAAGCAAAUAGCUAAUUGUUGCGUUGGAAGACUUGUAAAGUGCAUAUCGAGUCUUUGAUAUUAAAAUUGUUGAAUAUUUGAAUCUUAUACCCUGCAAAGAAAAGGAAAUGCAUAGUAGUACUACUUACAAUCUGGUACAUAAGUUUUUAAGUUUCAAAGCACUUUUAUGUUAACCUGUUGUAAAAGGUAAAAUAUGAAGCAGUGUAACUUGUUGAAAUAAUGAGAAAUAGGCUGAACUAUGCUGUAUUUGCAUUUUUGAAUUCAAUGAAUUUUUUCAGAGGAUACACUAUUUGUCUUGCUGGUACCCUUUGACAUGACAACACUCAAAUGAAAAUUCCAAAGUUGUUAAAUCGAGUAGCAUAAUGAUUUUUCACAUUUUAUCAUAGUCAGUGUAAAGCCAGGAAGUAAAUACGCCUGUGAUAUUAAAUUACAGUUCUUUUUUUCCCUCUAUAUAAGCACUGAUUUGUGCCAUGUUUUAGCAUUGUGGUUCUUUCACAGUCAGAAUAGAUAUGUUUGCUUCAGUGCUAUGCCCUAGUGUCAUAAAGGCUCUUUGUUUGAGAAGUUCUGGAAUCGUGAAAAAAAAAUUAGUUUGACCUAGUUUAUGUUGAAACAAUGACUAUGCAUUUCUUUUUCUCUUCAGUAAAAGUAAUUGUGAUCUGAGGUCCAGCCUAAAAGGAAGACCUGUUAUUUUUACACUGUGACUUUUUUUUGCAUAUUUUGCUUAUGCUCAAAUUAAACUGCGUAACUCAAAGUUGUGAAUUUGCCAAAUGGAUUAUAUUCUUUAGUCAUAUUCUUUAGUCAUUGUAAAUAAUUUCUGAAUUAUUGUGUUUUUUGUCAGCUCACUUGAUUUUUGCACUAGAAGCUUUUCUUAAAUUGAUAUAUCAAAACCAUGAAAAAGAUAUUUAUUUACUUAAGAAAGCCAAUUUUAGGCUAUUGAUCAACAAAUCAUGAAUGCCGCAUGGAUAUACAUGUAACUUGGCAAAGAUUAGAAUUAAAAGUUGAAUUGUAAGAAGAUGCAAGUUGCAAAGUAAGCACGUUUUCCUGUGAGAUUUAUAUUGUCUUCUUAGUAUAAACAAACUGUAGGAUUUUAUCUAUAUGAAGAAUUUUCUUUCUUUUGUAAAAAAAGAAAAAGUAAAGUUUUUAUGUUUGAAAGUUAAUAAUGUUCUUUUAAAACAAACACAAUUGCACUGAAGUGUCUUUUGAAAGUACUGUACAUGUAAAUAAUUCAUAUUUUGUAGAAGUGCUGAUCAAGUGAGCUGAUCAAAAGUAUUAAGUUCCUGUCACCUUUUAAUUAAAAUGUUUGCAGAUGUAUUUUUGAGAAAUUAAUGUUUGCAAGAAAUGACAUGCAUAGAUAUAAGACAAAAUGUUUGUGUAAAAAGAAUAUUUAUAAAUAAAGAUGAUAAAAAGCAUUCACCAAUCUCAGUUGGAAAGGGUGUAUUCAUAAGUGUCGGUACUUGUAUGAUAUACUUGUAUGUCAGCAUAAAAAAAUUAUACAAAUAAAGAGGCUAGAAAAUUAUAAAUGAAAAAAAUAUACUCAUUUCAUGUCACUGAAUAGUUGUAUAAGCUAAAAGCUUGUGAUUAUUUUAGCCAAAGGGAAAUGUACUUAAUGAUUGAAAAAUAAUUGAAGUUUAAUGUGCUGUAAAUGAUCUCAUUACAGAAAGUGCUUAUAAUUUAAACCUAUAUUAAGGUUGUAUAAAUAUGUGGCUAGAUUCUGAGGUACCAGCACAUUUGAAUUGCUUUGUGAAAACCGUUGAUUUAAGAAAGAAAGGUUGAAGCAGAUGAGUUAAAAAAGGAAGGCCCUUGAUUUUGAAUGAAUUCUAUUAUGAUAGGUUAUAUUAGAUUGAAGUAGAAAAAUGUAUUGAUGUAAAAUUAAAAAAAUGAGGUAUUUAUGUUUGCAUUAUUUGCUAGCUGAAGUUUUUCAUGACAAUAAAUACUGGUGAGAGUAGAAACUAGCCACUGUUUUAUUAGCCUUCAGACGUGAUGUAAAUAUAAUAUGAUAUAUUUGUGAUAAUAUCCUGUUGUAAGUUUACAUUGUAUGUAUGAACAAUAUGAAUUCUUGUUGGAUAGUGUAGAUAUUGACAGAAGAAAUGUUUUCAUUUAUGUUAAAUGUAUGUAAGGUAGAAGACCGGUAAUAGCACUCAGCAAUUUCUCUGCAGUUCUAUUCAAGGAGAAUAUGUCAAGUUCCAAUAGAUAUUAAAUUCCAGUUCUUUAUAAUGUUCUAUUUUACAGAUUUAUAUGGAAUAGGUUUUCAAAUAAAUGUGUAUUAACUUUCUAAAAGCAGAAUUGUAGCCGUUAAUUUUCAAAGUGCAACUUGGUUACAGACAGAAUUAUCAAGACUUUGGUACACAGGUUAAGCCAUUUCAUUUCAUCAUUAAAAUAUUGAAAGGUAGGUGUAUUUACAUUUAAAGUAUUGUAGAACUUGGAUUUAAUUGCCUUGUUUUGUUUCCAAAUAAAGGCAUAAAAAGUAUAAUGAUGCACCACAUGUAUACAUGUAGUUGGACAUUUGAUUUUUUAUAUUUACCUUUUUAGCAAGGGUUUUCAUAGAGCAUAAGCUGAUUAUUUGACAAAAUGUCAGAUAAAUUAUUAUUUGUCAAAUCCUCUAUACUGUGAAUUUUUUUAAAGAUGUUUAUUUACCAGUAAAGAAAUUCAGCAUAUCUGUUCUAUCUAUAGUUAGUAGGCCAAACAUUUACAUUUGACCCCUUUAGUUUUAUAUAAUUUUUUUUCAACUUUUAUUUUACACUAUAUUUUAUGAGUUUAUUUAUGUCUUUCUAUAAAAGAAAUGUGAAAAUGAUGUGCCACAACAUGCAAAAAGGCCCUGAAGUAAGGUAAUUUUACACAAGAAGAGUCAUAGUUUUGGGUCAGUAUGUAGUUCUGUUGUCCUGUCUGGAAAAUUGUUGACCUACGUAUAGACAAUUAAAAAAAAGUUCAUAUUGACUGAAACACAACUCUUCACUUGUCAUAUUAUAACCCAACAAAGUUCUGUCCCUUUGCACAUUGUUAAACUAAGUGGCAGUCAGUAUCAGUUUUUCAAGUCAUAAUUGUUUUGAGCACAGCAUUCUCAUUAAUCAAGUAAUAGUCUUUCAGCAGAGAUUAAAGUUCUACGUGAGAAACAAAGUAAAACAUAACAAUAUCAAUAUAAUACUGCAAAUUUCGAGGGUUCAGAGCGAAGCUAGACUAUCUGCUUCUAUUUCUAUAUACACUUUGACUAGUUUCGCUUUGAGCCCUCAAAUUGUCUUUCUUUUGAGGGUAAAAUAUCAUUAUAAGGUUUUCUAAAAAUCUGCAAUAAAGUGGUGAAUAAAAUGCCAUAUGGUGCUUUUUGUUAUAAUGUGAUACAUUAUCUACUGAAGUUGAUCUUACCUGCAGUAUUGCAUAACAAAAAAGGUACCUAGGAUUUAAAAUGUUAAGUAAGAAUGUUAAUUGUGAAGUUCGGAUGUUAACUGUUAUGUUAGAAUGUUAAAAAGAAAUGAUGGUAUAAUUUUGUAUAUCAGGAACUGAUCAUUGCAUAAAUGUAUGUAGUUUGCAGAAUUAGCAUAAAUGUAUAUCAUGAUUGUUUCGAUUAAAUUGCGAAUGUAUUUUAGCAGUGUUUAAAUGAAUUGUAGUGUUUGAUUGUGUUAAAAAAUGGUUGGUUAAAACAGGAUGGUUAAAGGGGCAUGUUUCCAGAUUCUAAUAUUAUUUUUAAUUGGAAGUGCUUUUUGGUCUUCAUUAUAGUAGCUUCAGAACCAAAUGUUUUCAUGUGAGGAAGCCAUCCAGCUAGUCUAUGGAAUAUUAGUAGUACUGUCAUGGUGCCAACACAUGCCUGAUAAUGUCCUGAUCUUCCACUUUUGAAAGCUGGAAAGUCUCCAUUUCGUCGCCUCAACGCGAAACUAGUCUAUGUGUAUAUAGAAAUAGAAGCAGAUAGACUAGUUUUGCGUUGAGGCCACGAUUUGACCUUAACUGUAUGUGUUUGACUGUACUUAACAACAAGUAGAAUGAUUUCAUUAGUAAGUUAUUUGAAAAGAUGGUUAUUUGUAAAGUGAUUCAUUGAGUUCCAGUGUUUAUAUAUAAAAACUCUCGAGUAGCCUUUUUAAAAAGUAGAAAAAGUCCCAGAAAGGAUGUAGUCAUUCAUCAGAAAUUUGAUGUUAAAAGAAGACAUAAAAUUGUUCAGUAUAUUGCUUUCAAAAGUACAAACUUAGAAAGCAUUGAUACCAGUAAUUGGUUUUUGGUAAUUAAAAUUCAUUGCUGUCUGUUGAAAAAAUCAAAACUUUGAUGCUUAGUCGGAAACUUGCCCUUUUAACCAGCAGUUUACUUUUUUAUAUGUAUAUACUUACAAUGCUUUGAUUCGUUUGUCUGACAAACUUGUUCUGCUAACAUGUGAUUUAAAUGAACAGGGUUAAUGGUUUUUGAUGAAUACUGAAUGAGACAUUCAAGUGUCUUGGAACUUUCAACAGCUGAAAUUAGACAAGAGUUUUUAAAUGCAUUUAUUUUUGCUAUAUCUUCUCAAAAAAUAUUUGGCUGAAAUUAUAUAGAAAGUGUUAUUUAAGAUAAAAAUAUGAUAUUCAUAGCCAUACAACAGUCGAGAAAAAUUCUGAAUGAACAAUUUAUUUUGAUUGAUUAUCCUGAUAUGUGUACUUUGGUAACAAAAAGAACAGUAUAAACCAUGGGUAAAUUUUCAUUAACUUUUCUCUGUUUUUUUUUCUUCAUUAUACCGAUCUUGAUCAACCAUCCUCAUUUUUGAAAUAAAUGAAGGCUUUUUAAGAACAUUUUACCAAAGACAUAGCAUGAUAUUACGCAUUUAAAUUCUUGAUUUAUAAAAUGAGUUAGUUAAAUAUGAAAAAGAUAUGACGUUUUAAUUUUAGACAAAAUGGUUUUAAAUGUAUUUUGUUUUAGCAUGGUUGUAAAGUAUCUUCAUGAUGUUUUAAUAUUCACUGUAACAACUUGUCAUGUUUUCAUGGACUGGUGUAUGUGUUUGUGUAAAUACAAGUCCAGGUAUGAAAUCCUUAUUUAGAAGAGGCAAAUAAGAGCCAUUUUAGAAUGGCUUGAUGAAAAGAAUUUUUUAUCUGUCAUUUUUUCUUACCAGUAUAUAAGACUUGGCUGACCAUCAAUUUAAAUUAUAAAUUUUUACCCCCCUCCCCCGCACCAUUAAAGAAAAUAUGGUAUAUUAUUUUGCUUAUGUUAGUCAGUCUGUUGGUCAAUUCAUAGACCAUUUGAUGUCCAGUCAGCAGGUUAGUGGUCAGGCCUGUGGCUGCCAAACUUAAUAGCAUCAUUAUACAUACCCCCCCCCCCCUCCCCACACAUACAAAACGAAGUUUGGGGGCGGGGUAUAUAGGAGUGAGCUUGUCGGUCCUUUGGUGUUCUUGAUUUCCGGACAAUAACUGAAAUAAUGAAAGGCUUGACAGAUUUAUAUAAUUUUUGGUAUACAGGUGUAACAUAUUAGAAUACAGGUCAAGUUCAACUUUGAGGUCAGUAGGUCAAAGGUCAAGGUCACAAUAGUUAAACGGUUUCCAUAUGAUAACUUGAGAACACUUGGUCCAAGGAUCAUAAAUUUUGAUACACCAGUGUAAAAUUGUAAAGUACAGGUCAAGUUCGACUUUUUGGUCAGUAGGUCAAAGGUCAAGGUCACAAUGACCCAGAACAGUUAAACGGUUUCCGGAUGAUAACUUGAGAAAGCUUGGACCUAGGAUCAUAAAUUUUGGUACACAGGUUUAACAACAUAAAAUACAGGUCAAGUUUGACUGAGGUCAGUAAGUCAAGGAUCAAGGUCGCAAUGGCCUGGAACAGUUUUCCGGAUAAUAUCUUGAGAUCGCUUGGACCUAGGGUCAUGAAAGUUGAUAGGGAGGUUGGUCAUGACCAGCAAAUGACCCCUAUUUAUUUUGAGGUAAGAGGCCAAGGUCACAGUGACCUGUAACAGUUAAACCAUUUCCAGACAUUCACUUGAGAACGCUUGGGCCUAGGACCAUGAAUGUUGAUAGGAUGGUUGGUAAUGACCAGCAGAUGACACCUAUUAAUUUUGAGGUUGCAGGUCGAAGGUCAAGGUCACAGUGACCUGCAACAAUUAAAUGGUCUCUUGAAGAGGACUUGAGAACGCUUGUGCCUAGGAUCACGAAACUUAAUAGGGAGGUUGAUCAUGACCAGCAGAUGACCCCUAUUGAUUUUUAGGUUCGACUUUGACAUUUGCUUACUUCUGUGACAAGGCCGUAUUGUAGGGGUAUAAUUAAUCACUCCUGUGACAGCUCUAGUUAAACCUAUGGGCAUCAAAUUUUAUAGGAUGAUAAAUUUCCUGUAGAAGAUGUAUAGGGGUCAGUAUGUUAAUGUUAAAAAAGACUCAAAAUAGUUUUCAAUGUAUUACAUGAGUAUGCUUGGAUUUUUAAGUUUAGUCAGUCAACAGUCUAAAUCAUAAUGACCUUAUGGAGUCAAAGUAAUUGCUGAUCAAUAACUGUAGAAUAUUUGAACGAAUGGUGUUUAAACUUCAUAGGUCGUUGAUGCCUAUUGUUUCGUGUUAGUAAAGGUCAAAAGUCAAGAUAACAUUGAGUCUGGAAAUUGCUUUCCAAUUUAUCUCCAAUUGGUUAUCAGUGGAGACUCGUGUCAUUUCCUUACAUUUCUUGUUAAAUUAACAUAUAAACUACAUUAUUUACUGGAAUCAAGGUUGAUCACUAAAUGCAGGAAAAUUUGUACCACAUGUUAAGUUAAUUUAUUUGAGGAAGUUAUUUUAUACAUUACUAGUCCCUUACUGGUUGAAAACCAGUUUCCGGAACUAUAGGAUUGCGUUUUUCCGUCAGUCCAUCCACAAUUUCCUGUCCGGUCCGUAACUCUGUCAAUCAUCAUAGGAUUUAAAUAUUACUUAGCACAAAUGUUUCCCAUGACGAGACAUGUCAUGCGCAAAACCCGGACCCCUAGCUUAAAGGUCAAGGUCAUAUUUCGAGGUCAAAUGUCAACAGGUCUUUUUACUCGAUAAUGCAUGGAGAGAUUUUAUUAUUGCUUGGCAGAAAUGUUCCCCAUAAUAAGAUGAUGUGUCAUGCACAACUUUCAGACCCUUAACUGAAAGGUCGGGGUCACUCUUGGUGGUCAAAGGUUAACAUGGCAUGAAAAGGAUUUGUUUUGUGCCCAGUCCAGAACUCUUCCAUCCAUUAAGGGAUUACAAUAUAACAUGGCAUAAAUGUGUCCAGUAAUCAGACAAGUGUCAUGCACAACACCCAGACUCCUAGCACAAAGGUCAGGGUCACAUUAGAGGUCAAAUGUCAAUAAAUUUUAUUUCCUGUUUGGUCCAUAAAGGGAUUUUAACAUUACUUGCACAAAUAUUCCCCAUGGUGACAUGCCAGGUGCAAAACCUUGACCUGAAGGUCAAAGUCUCACUUGAAGUUCCAAAGUCAACAUUGAUCUUGUCCUAUCCAUAUUUUUAUCUAAGCUCACGCGUCAUAUGGACUCAGUUAAAAAAAUGUUGGUGUAUUUUCUUCAGAAUUACUUUCCUUUAAUGUGAUAAUUUCUUAUAUAUUUUCCCACCAAUUUAAAAAUGAAAUGUUAUUAAAAUUAAAAAUAAAUAUAUUGUCAUUUAAAAAUAAGGAUCUAUUGAAUAAAUAACCAUGGCUUAUUAUGUUAUUUGCGCUAAGAAUUGAUAUCAUCUUUUAACAUUUCACUACUUUGCUUAAACUGGGCAGGGCGGUAAUUCAAACCCAAGUUAAAUGUACACCCAUAAAACAAGUGACAAGAAUCCCCCAUCACAUCUUUUAAAAUCAAACUAACCUUGACUUUAUGGACUUGGUAUUGCAUGGCAGUACUUCAUUCACUUGUUUAUUUUGUAGCAUUAUUGCCAUUGUUUUAUCAGUUAGUAUCUAUUUUGGAUCUCCUAUACAUUAGUAAGCAUUUUAUCAAAAUCAGAAUUUUAAAAAAAAUUAUCAGCUGUUUCGUUUUUGCAUAUUUUUUUUCUUUCAGGCAUCUUAGGAAUUAUUGAAAAUGCGGUUUCUGUUAAAGGAUUUAAUUGAGAUCCAUCAUGGGAUGAAAAACAAUCUGGCAGCAUUCUAGAAAUUCAGGUUUUAAAAGAUUUGUAAAAAGGACAUUUCCAGUUAGCUUAGGAGUUUUUUUAACAUGACAAAAUACACAAUUUGAGGUCCUCAGUUAUUCAUUUUUUUCCUAAAUACAUGUAGAAAAGCCAAAGCAAAUUGCUGUUUAUCUCUGCAAAAUUUGUUGCAUUUUGCAAACAUGGGGCAUGUAUGGGCCAAACAAAUGAUUUUAAUUAUUGUUACAAAAGUAAUGCUAAAACUCGUUUCUGAUGUUGGUAUAAAAGUGGGGAUGGGCAUUUAAACUGGGGAAUACGGUAUUAAAAAAUGUUAAAACUUAUACUUGCAUAUGGAAGAAAACUGUUGCUACUUGUUCUUUAAAUUCAGUGAGUUUCAGCAGAUCUCCUUUCGUUUCUUGAUUUUUUCUUUCUUUAUUUUGCAAGUACUUUUCUUAGAGUUAACAAUAAUUGAUCAUGUUUACAUUUUGAGUUUCUCAUCUCUGCGAUACACCACUCAAGUAUUGAAAUUUCCUCAGAUAUAGAAACAAACUUUUGGUGAAAACUUACUAAAGCAACUAUUUAUGUACUUACAAAUUCGUUUUAAAGUGGACGAUUAAGGCAGUUUUUGUUUUCUGAUAUCCCCAUUAUAUGAUGUAUAAUAAUUUCAUGAGUUGUUGAAAUAAAUGUUUAAAAAUAUGUGAUGUAAUUGAUGAAUAAAAAUUAUAAAAUCCUUUUUAAAACAUGACAAAAAAAUAAAUAAAAUGUAAAAUUGA